AACGCCCGGGAAAAGUCUACCUAUACUUACAAUCCGUGUCUUUUUCUUUCGUGUAAACAAAUAAUUCGAAAGGAUCUCUAAACGGCACCCCUGUCCAGAGCGCUCAAUUAAUUAUUUGCUUCACUCAUCUCAAACCCUGAAGUCCCCUAUGCGACCUACUCCUCCAUCGCCAAUUCAAGGAUUAACAAAAUCCCAUUCGCGACCUUAAUCAGAACCUCAAUUCACAUUGACUCAAACUGCGUCACCUAUCAAAACCAUGAACCGGCGCCGCUCCAAAUCCUCCUCGCCGUCGCCUUCCUCCACACCCCUUCGCUCAACGACCACUUCCCGCCCAAACCCUCGCUGGAUCGAUGCCCUAAAUCUCGACCUCAUCCUCCGCGUCCUGCACAGAACGAUCUUCCACCCUUUCAUAGCCUGGCUCAUCCCCCUCUGCCUCCGCGCCCAAGCGACCCCAUACUCCCACACUUCCUUCAUCGUCACAACAGCCUAUGCCGCGCUCCUUUCAUUCGCGCUGUUGUUGAAUAUCGUGAACAAGCGAGUUGCUUAUGGGUUGCCGAGGGAGGUGUCGUUGGAGGAUGAGGUUGUGGUUGUGGCGGGAGGUGCGAGUGGGUUAGGCCUGUUGGUUGCGGAGAUAUAUGGGAUGCGGGGGGUGGAUGUGGCGGUGUUGGAUGUGCGGGAUCUUGGAGCGGAGGGUCAAGGGGAAGGGAAAGGGGAGGGCGAAGAGCGAGGAAUGGAAGAGUGGGAGGAGGUGCAUAGCGUUAGGUAUUUCAAGUGUGAUGUGGGUAAUUUGGCGGAGGUGAAGAGGGUUCGGCAAGUGAUUGAAAAAGAGCUUGGAACCCCGACGAUUCUCAUAAACUGCAUUGCUGCCCCCAUCAACGGCAUGUCGAUAACAUCCCUCUCCCCCGCCGACAUCUCAAGAACCAUCCACGCAAACCUUUUCUCCUGCUUCAAUACCCUUCAGCAAUUCCUCCCGGGAAUGCUGACUUCUCCCACCGGCGGUACAAUCGUCACUCUAAGUUCCGUGUGCAGCUACCUUACCCCGGCCGGCCUCUCAGACUACUCAGCCACGAAGGCAGCCAUUGGCGCCGUGCACAAAACCGUUGAGGCCGAGCUGCGCACCUCAGGCGACAAUGAGCGGGUAAAAAUGCUUCUAGUCGAGACGGGCCAGAUGGCCACGCCACUCUUUGACGACGUGCAGACUCCGAAUAAUUUCUUUGCGCCUGUCUUGGAACCUGUGCAGGUUGCACGGGACAUUGUCGCGGCAGUUGAUAGUGGGAACGGUGGGGUUAUUAGGCUACCGGCUUAUGCGACGCUGGUUAGUUGGUAUGCGAUAUUACCUGUAGCCAUUCAACGGCUGGCGAGGUAUAUGAGUGGGAUUGAUAGGGCAGUUGGCAGGAAGGCUGUCACUUCGUCCAUGUCAAUUCCGUUGGCGAAGGAGGAGGAGGGGAGGGAGGUGGAAGGAUAGAAAGUGGCGAUAGGGAUGUGAAAUAGGUUCUGCAUGGGUGUGUGCUGGCAUGCCCCCCCGAGGAAAGGAGCUUCUAUAUAUAUAUAUAUAUAUAUAUCAUGCGUACAUGCAUAUGUAGUGUUCGCGGGAUAAAGUAACGAUAAUAAUGUCAGUCCGCUCCUGGUGAGCAGGUUUUAAUUUCAGCUGAUAGACUUUCAAUCGUUUCCAUAGAUGGAGAACAAUCGACUCGUUUCAGUUCUUUCUA